AUGUCCUACACUGCAGACCAACAAGCACGUUCGCACCAUGUUGUCCCCUUAAACAAGCUUACGGUUAUGCAGUACGGCUUUAGCGUCGGCAAAGACGUCCGUACGAUAGACUACUGCCACGAUAAUUAUACUGCAUUCGUCGACGGUAUGCAGGAAGAUCUAGCAGAGGGAAAUGAGCUACUGCCUGCGGAGGAGUCUAUUGGCUUUCUUAACACAAUUCUGGAGGCAGGGCUUGAGGUUAAAAAGAACCUUCUUUUUGAUAAAGAAAUCCUCCCCGUGAUGCAAAGUGUUCACCGGGAGGACCAUGACCAGAUCGGUUUGUCUACUCAAUUUACGGAGAUAGAGAGGGGGUUGGUUCAUGUUCACCUGAUCGAGAUGGGUGUGAGGCAGGAGAUCGCAAGGCUUGCAAAUUAG